AUGGCUGUGGUGGUUGUGGUGGCGAUAGCAGUGACGGUGAUGGCUGUGGUGGUUGCGGUGGCGGUGUUGGUGGUGGUGAUGGCUGUGGUGGUUGUGGUGGCGGUGUUGGUGGCUGUGGUGGUUGUGGUGGUGUUGCCUCCACCCACCCUUCACUCAGCCUCCAUUCACCCUCCACCCAGCCUCCACCCACCCUUCACUCAGCCUCCACUCACCCUCCACCCAGCCUCCACCCUUCACUCAGCCUCCACUCACCCUCCACCCAGCCUCCACCCACCCUUCACUCAGCCUCCACUCACCCUCCACCCAGCCUCCACCCACCCUUCACUCAGCCUCCACUCACCCUCCACCCAGCCUCCACCCACCCUUCACUCAGCCUCCACUCACCCUCCACCCAGCCUCCACCCACCCUUCACUCAGCCUCCACUCACCCUCCACCCAGCCUCCACCCACCCUUCACUCAGCCUCCACUCACCCUUCACCCAGCCUCCACCCACCCUUCACUCAUCCUCCACCCACUCUUCACUCAUCCUCCACCCAGCCUCCACCCAGCCACUACUCGGCAUCCUCCACCCAUGCUCCACCCAGCCUUCACACACCUUCCACCCAGUCUCCACCCAGCCUCCUCCACCUACCCUCCACCCAGGCUCCACCCACCCUUCACUCAGCCUCCACUCACCCUUCACCCAGCCUCCACCCACCCUUCACUCAUCCUCCACCCACCCUUCACUCAUCCUCCACCCAGCCUCCACCCAGCCACUACCCAGCAUCCUCCACCCAUGCUCCACCCAGCCUUCACACACCUUCCACCCACCUCCACCCACCCUUCACUCAUCCUCCACCCACCCUUCACUCAUCCUCCACCCAGCCUCCACCCAGCCACUACCCAGCAUCCUCCACCCAUGCUCCACCCAGCCUUCACACACCUUCCACCCAGUCUCCACCCAGCCUCCUCCACCUACCCUCGACCCAGCCUCCACCCAGCCUCCACCCACCCUCCACCCAGCCUCCACCCACCCUCCACCCACCCUCCACCCAGCCUCCACCCAGCCUUCACACACCCUCCAGCCACCCUUCCUCCAGUCUCCACCCAGCCUCCUCCAGCCUAUAUCCACUCUCCACCCAGCCUCCACCCACCCUUCAACCAGUCUCCACCCAUAA